AUGACCAGUCCCGCAGCCCAACCUAGAACACUAUUGCCUGCAGAAUAUCGUGGUCCUGAUAGGCGUCAUACCCCCAUUCUCCGCGUUGAGAGAAAGUCAAAGCGGCGGGGUUUAGCUUGUACAUCCUGUCAACGAAAAAGGGUGAAAUGCAGUGGCCCGCCUCCUUGCGAGGCAUGCGCUGCAUCGAAGUCCGAGUGUUCUUUCGAGCCUUUAACUGAUAAACGGCGAAGAUUAACACAGAAGGCUGCAGAGAAAGACGCAGAAAUCCACCGACAUAUCUCCAUGUACUUAAUCGAUAUCCUGCGGUCUGGGAACGAAGAAGAUGUGGGCAAUCUAGUAAGGGAGAUGCAAGCAGCCUCAUCUCGUGAUUCCGCUUUUGCCGAUCUGCGGUCGAUAAUAUCUCAAGAGAAGAACUGA